AUGGCCAAGGCAUUGCUGAAAGCUCAGAAGUACAUGAACGUGGAAGAAGCCCUAGCAGCCAUUGACGGAGCAGAGAAGAGCAAGGAAAAGAAGAAGGAAAAGGAGGACAAUCGACGAGGGCUAAAAAGGGAUUGGGCUGACCGACGGAAUGACGACGGAAAUAGGAGGAGGGAGGACAAGAACCCUCCACCUGGUUUGCGUGACAAGAGGAAAUACUGCCGCCUCCACAAAGAUCAUGGGCAUUACACGGAGGAUUGCAGGGACCUCAAAGAGCAGAUUGAAGAGCUCAUCCGUAAUGGGAAGCUACAACAGUAUAUAAAAAGGGGAGAUUCCGGCAGGUAUGGACAGAAAAGCCAGCAAGUUAAUGCAAGGAGAGAUGAAGACCGCCCCCAACCUCGUCCACAAAGCGCGCUAGGGGAGAUAAAAACCAUCGCCGGAGGACCAACCACUGGGGGAUCAUUCAAAUCCCUCAGGAAAUCAUACCAAAAGCAGGUAAACAGCGUCCACAGUAUACCUCCGUUGAAGCAAAGACGCACCAAUGGAGACUUGUACUUCUCUAAGGAGGAUGCCAGAAGUGUAAAGCAACCUCAUGAUGACCCACUCGUCAUUAUGAUCAUGAUCGAGGGGUUCAACACGCGAAGAGUCCUGGUCGACAGUGGAAGCUCAGCCGACAUAAUCUAUCUUCCUGCCUUCCAGCAACUAAAACUAGACCCAAAAAGGCUCCGUCCUUUUGAGUCUCCCCUUGUCAAUUUCAGCGGAGACAAGGUAUACCCUAGAGGAAUAGUAACAUUGACAGUGACGGCCGGAUCAUACCCCCUCCAGGUAACCAACCAGCACAAUUUCCUGAUAGUGGACUCACCCUCGUCCUACAAUGUGAUCAUAGGAAGACCAAUGCUCAAUCGCUGGAAGGCUGCUAUUUCCACCUACUGCUUAAAGGUGAAGUUCCCAGUAGAACAGGGUGUCGGAGAAAUUAAAAGAGACCAGGUAUUGGCAAGAGAAUGCUAUCAGGCCUUCCUGGCCUCAAAAGAGAACCAUACGUAG